AUGGGGCUUCGGUUGGCAGUGGCGGGUCCAUGUCGAGGAACUCAUUGUCGUCCUCUGGAACGGUUGCCAGCUCAACAAGGGCUGCCAGCUGCGGCUUUUGAGUUCUCCGUCGUUCUCAGCAUAGCAGGCACUGGCGUGUCAUUUGGUCAAGUGCAAUACAACCCUCAUUUUGAAAAAGUGGUGUCUUCCAAAGAAAAACCCGGGUGGAACCUGAAGUGCAGUAGAUCUGCGACUACAAAAAUGGAUUUCCUCGCUUGCGCCGCAAUUGGCCUCGGAGGUGGUGCCUUGGCUAUAAUCACAGCUCCAGCUACUCUGGCUGCUGUAGGAUUCGGUGCUGGUGGAGUACUUGCUGGUUCGAUUGCCGCUGGGGUGCAUUCUGCAAUUCUGCAGAAGGCAGUGCUUUUGCACUUGCGCAGAGUGCAGGUGCUGGUGGACUUGGCACUGCUGCCACGCAGCAGCUUGGGGUUGCUCUCAUUCUCUGCAAUUGCUGCUGCCGCUGCUAUGGGAACUGGUGGUUUGGCCAUAGUCGGAGCUCCACUCGUACUGGCUGCUGUUGGAUUCACUGCCAAAGGAAUAGCUGCUGGUUCAAUGGCUGCUGGGGUGCAGGCUGGAAUUGGUAACGUCGCAGCAGGCAGUGUUUUUGCNCAAUGGCUGCUGGGGUGCAGGCUGGAAUUGGUAACGUCGCAGCAGGCAGUGUUUUUGCCCUUGCGCAGAGUGCGGGUGCUGCUGGACUUGGCACUGCUGCUUCAGCAGCUGUUGGAGCAGCUGGUGCAACUGUUGGUGCUGCGGCAACAACCUUAG